AUGAAUCCAAUCGACCUUUCUAUCACCUGUCCUGGAGUUGACUUUACAGUCACAUACCAGCCACACGAUACAUCAUUCUCUAUUGGUGACUAUGUCAUAAAGUAUUUACAAAAAACUUUUGACAUCAUCAAGUCAUCCCCCAAUAUCGAGAACAGCACUAUUGUGUACUUUGUCAGAGCUGACCUAAUUGAUGCCGACCUUCCUCUCUCUGAAAAAGAUAUUGUUGAUAAUUUGAAAUGUUCAGUCAAGUUUGCCCAUCAUUUCUUACAAGCUCAAUCAUCCUUCUUUGCAGUCACUUUCAAACCCCUUGAAUACAAAACUCUUGGUCCCUAUGAUUCUGUUCCGUUUGUGGUUGAUUCUCAAACAAGGCUUCGAACUGGAGGUUACGGAGUGAUUGAGAAAGUCUUUGAAGGAAGCGAUUCAUUCGCUAGAAAGACUAUUCGAGAUGGCUACGACACUGAGAAGAUUAUGAUGGAGCUCAAGAUUCUUCGAUUGGCUACUGAAACUGAAAAUCCUCACCUUCUUCGCCUUCGAUGCGCCUACAAGCAGGAUAAUCAAACGUGUCUCAUAACGUAUCCCUGGUGUGAAUUUGAUUUACGUGCAUUCUUGGAUGGCUCAAGUGAAAUGGAAUUCUGGGUUAAGCUGCAGCCAAAAGACAAAUUGAUUCUCAUUACUGAUUGGAUGGCUUGCUUGGCUUCAGGAUUGUCUGCACUUCACAAAAAGAAAAUUAAACAUCAAGAUUUGAAGCCAGAAAAUGUCUUGUUGUGUUUGUUGGACGACAGAAUGAUGCCAGUUAUUUGUGAUUUUGGAUUAUCAAAAGCCUUUGCAAAGGAUUCCAAAUCUGUCAAGGUUCAGGGUACUCGUGAAUACUUUCCUCCAGAACAGUUUACUGGUAAAGUCGGUCGAAAGGGUGAUUUGUUCUCUCUUGGUCUCAUCUUUGUUGAGCUUGGACUUCUUCUCUUUGGUCAAAAAAGUUUGAAGCAUCAAAUUAGCUCGGGUUUCUACACGGAUAUCACAAAGAACUUGGACGAAUUCUUGACAGACAAGUUUCCCUGCCCAAACGCUCCCUUUUUCCUUGAUUGGCGCACAAAUUUCUGCAAACUACUCAAGGUUAUGCUGAAUGAAACCCCCGCUAAUCGUCCAAAAGCAUCAGAGGUUUGGGAAUGCUUGAAAGAAAUGGUUGAAUCUCUUGGAGCCAAACCUCAUUGUGAAAAUGUCUCCCCUGUUGAAUCAAACCCUAAUGUAGACGAUGAAACCGAGGAUGUCGAGAUUAUGCUCAGAGAAAAUAUUGCUUCUAUGAUUGAUAAAUUAACUUGAGCUUCUUUGUCAAUGAUACUGUAAUAAAAGAAAGCGUUUAUAAUGAGA